UUCGCCAAUCGGCCACCAUUGUUGGAAGUGAUUUUACAGCAUUUUGUCGAAAUUUGUAUAAUUUGUGAUAGUUCUCGGCAAUAUACAAAGUUAAACUCGAAGGAUCUGCACACGUCGUAAGAGAGAAGAGUUACGCGGGCGAAGGCUUGAAAAUUGCCGGCAUCAUUAUGGUGGACUGAGAGGGUGUUUGUUGUGGGACUCAGCUGGACUCGCGUCGAGAACCGCCAUGUCCGGCUCGCAGCACAACCCCAACGGGCGGCAGGCGCAACUGGGCUCUAGCUGGAGCCCCCUGCAGGUGUUGCAGAUGGCGAACCUGCUGGCGCGCGCGCCCCAGGCGCACAUGGCCUCGGAGCGCGGCGUGACGUGGCACACGCCCACCCCGCCGCCGCAUCUCUACCACGUGCCGCAGCCCUCGCCGCCCGACCCGCUGCAGGCAAUGAAGGGAGCCGGCAACUCGGUGUUCCGGCACACGGCAACACCUCCGGAACUGUACCGCCACACGCCCACUCCGCCGGACAAGCAUCUACUCAGACAUACUCCGUCGCCUGGUGAUGUGAAGUCAGGUGCCGCUCUGCCUCCGGCCGACUUGUAUGCACAUUUGGGACCAGGGAGAGAAAAACUAAUGCGCGGCGCGGAGCUCCUUCCGGCUGCGUACUCGCGCGGGGUGGACCUCUCGGUGGGCACGCGCGCCAACGGCGCCGCGCUGUCCGUGCGCGACGCGCCCACCAUCAACUCCCUCAUCGCGCGCGCGCCGCGCCACCACCGGGUGGACGAGCUGCUGGAGCGCCUCGCGCCUGCGCCGCCGCUCCCCGCGCCCGUGUCCCCGCACAGCGUCAUAGUCACAGCCCGCGCCGCGCCCACCCCCUCCCCGCCUUCCUCCAACGAGGACUCGGCGGACUCCGGCGGCGCCCCCAAGCGGAAAAGAAAACCCGAACGCACCAUCCGCGUCCCCUCCCUACCUCUCCCCCUCCCGCUCGCGGCGUCCCCGCCCCUAGAGCCUCGAGAGUCGCGGGAGGUGAACGGCUCGUCGCCGGCGCGCAACGGGCCCGAGCUGCGGCCCGAGGCUCGCCCGCAGCCGCCGGAGCCCCCGGUACGGAGAAAAACGCGCUCCGGCUCCGCGGAGACCAUUGACGAUAUCGCCGCUAUGAUCGCCAGUACGGAACAAAAGGUUGAGGAGCCCACGCUGAAAGAGCCAGAGAAGCCCAUCGAGCCCCCCGUUACCAUUGACAAGCUGAAAAGUGUACUCGCGAGCGACUUGGAAAACAAGCCCGAUGAAGCUCCUAUAUCACCGCCGAAGGUUCAGCACCAGCAGCAGGUAGAAGAGCCAGUUGCGGAGCCCGCGCCCGCGUCCGCCCCCUCGCCGCCCGCGCCGGGGCAGGCCGCCGCCCCGCGCCGCCGCCCGCGCGCCCCGCACGCCGCCUCGGCCAACGUGCCCGUGCAGUCCCCGUCCGAGGGCAAGCCCGCCGAGCCCGCCGAGCCCGACCCCGCACACCCCGCCCCCGCGCCCGAGCCCGCCGCCAGCUUCGUGGAGGUGGAGAACCAGCUCGAGAAGAUGUUCGCCGGCAUCGAGGAGCCGCCCCGAGAUCUAGAAGGCGACCAACCAGUAGAAAAAGAGAAACCUCAAACGACAAAAGCGCGGAAGCGGCGAAAAUCCGCUCCCACCAAAGGCGAGAGGAAAGCCGCGCGUCGCGCCUCCCGAGCAGACACGUAUGAUAAGAAGAAAAAGAAGGGGCCGGGAAAGAAGGCCAAGGAGACUAAGGACGCUUAUGAUUCGGGCAGCAAUGCGAGCUCCGGGCGGUCGAGGGGGCCAUACAUACAGAUCCGCGGGCCGCGCGACUCUCCGCUGUCUGUGUCGGUGAUCAACGCGGCCACGGGCGAGGACGAGGAGCCGCGGCGUAAGGACGACUUCCGCAACGGCCUGCGCACGCGAGGCCUGCACUGCAGCACGCUCGGACUACGAUACGACGCGACGACGCCUGACGCGACGUGGUUAUGCGUGUUCUGCGAGCGCGGGCCCCACGCGGCCGGCCUCGGGGACCUCUUCGGGCCCUACCCUCUCGAAACCGACUGCGAAGAGUACAGGGCAUUGGACGAAGCGACGCGACGGAAAUAUGAAGCGGCCGGGUCCGCGUGGCUGCACGAGGCUUGCGCGGUGUGGGCGCCCGGGCUACUGGCGGCCGGCGCGAGGCUCUGGGGACUCGCAAGUGCGGUGUGGUCGUGCCGCGGCACGCGGUGCAUGGUGUGCUCGUCGCACGGCGCGGGGCUGGCGUGCGGCGCGCGCGGCUGCCGCGCGCGCGCCCACGUACCGUGCGCGCGCGCGCAGCGCUGGACGCUCGACGACGACCUCUUCAAGGCCACUUGUGUCCGCCACGCCGAGCCCAGCUAAGACCGUGUGCAGUGGAAUAUACCGUGCGGAGUGACGUUCGAUUCGGUGAAGGCGGGACCGAGUGUAGUGUGCGUUUGAGGUGCGGCGCGUUAGUGUCGAAUGGACCGGUGGCGUUCUUGUGCGAAAUCGUUGCGGAUAAAACGCCGGGGACCCGUAAACGGUGAGGGCGUAUGACGGGCCACACUGCCCCCUUUCGGUAUGUGCCGGAAAACUAGAUUGUUGUAAUGGCGCCGAUAAAACCGCAUGUGAACGUACUUAAUGCGUACGAUGCGAAUUAACUAGAGAAAACUGAAUAGCGCGACAUUCACUUGUAGAAAAAAAUGAGGCUUCUAUGAACUAUAAUAAACAUGAAUACUUCUACUUAAUUUUAUUAUAAGUAAAAUAAAUCUAAAUUUGAAAAAAAAUAUCGGACUAAACGCGGCGGGUCCGCAUGAAAACCGCUCCGUUUCAGAUACUAAAGUGACGCGCCGCACCUCUACAUCUAUCAUUCAAUAUUUGUACCAUACUCGAGAAACAAAACAUUGCUUAAGUGUGGUACAUAUUGAGUAGUUUACUUACAAACUUACUUUCAGUAGAGAUUUUCGACUGAAUGUGUUAUACUCUGGACAUAUUAAGUUAAAAGUGAGCUUAAAUGAUGAAUUCGCUUGCGCGCAACUCUUGUGAUAUGAUUUUACUGCAACGUAUGAUUGCCCUUUUGAUGUAUUUAUGUCUUAGACUUUAUUUUUUCGCCCUUUUUUAUUUUAAUUAAGUUUUUUGUAAAUUUGGAAAGUACUCGUAUCUGAUGAUGGAAUCUCUGUUACCUAUGAUUUGACGUUUCGUCAAUGUUUAUUAGAGGGAUGGUUCCUAUAUAAGCUUUGCACCGUUUAAGGUGUGUUCUGGUGUGUAAGUACAUCUAGAUACAUAAAUGUAAGCAAAAUAUGUAAUGCCAGUAUUGAAUGUGCUUUGUGAGAAGUUACAUUGGUUGCAGUAGUAUUUUAAAAAUACAUCAUUGUGAUUGCAGCUUCGUUUUAAAAACGUCAUUACAAUGAGAAAUUGUACAUUCUAUUUAACGUAUUUUUCAAAUAACUACUGCAAUUUAUAAUCAUAGAGCUAUCAAGUCACAGUAAAAGCAUCAAAAUCAGUAAUCUCACUUAAAACAAAACUUUAUCUACCUGAUUUCACCUUUUAUGGGGUGUAUUGUUUUUGCUGCGUCUACUGUGGCUGCGCUAUCUAAGUCUACUGCCGUUUGAUCCGUAAGCAAUAAAACGAUUUUUUUAAACAGUUAUUAUGAGCCAGUGACUUUGUGCUUGAUGAGGCAUUGAGGUAUCAUAGCGAUUAUUGCGAUUAAUGUUAAGCGAGGAGCUUUAACAACUAACAUAAAAAACUAUUGAACAUGCUGUACAAAAACUGAACAAAUGCCAUAUACGUACUAGUUGUGCAGUCACUAGUAAGUUCAUAACAGCUCUGUAACUAAUAUGAUAAAUGAUAAAAUAGUUGGGCAUAAACAUGUGCACAACAAUGAUUACUAUGUUAAGAAGUCCUUAUGGCAGCUUUGGUUCAGUUUGAUAAUACUUUGUUCAAUACGAACGAGUUAUAUGACCCAUUUUUCUUUUCAAUCUUAUAUUCUCGAUUCCAAUGUUUCUAUUCUCUAACUAUAAAUGCAGACUCUAACAAUCAUAUUCCUCCUCGCUUCGCUCGUUGUCUCAUUUCACCUUAGACGAUUGGUACGAUUAAAUGCAUGUAUAGACAAUUUGUAGAUAAUGUUAACAUAAUAUAUUAUCCAAUUUUCGAAAUCCAGAAAAUAAUAAAAAAAUAUGUACAGAAUAUUUUACAUAUACAUUAAAAUUUAACAGUGAAUAGGUGUAAUUUUUUUAGUAAUCGGAAUUUUAGAAUUAUGUAAAUAUGCAUGGUUAUCCCUCUGGGGUGACCAGGACUGUAAAUAUAGUUUUAAUGUAAAUAGCAGUUAUAUUGAGGACAUCGGGGUACCUAUCAAAGGUAUACUUAGUAAAUGGAACAGUAUUGCAGACAACUAUGAGGUUUACAUUAUUUGUGUUUCAAUGAGCUCCUAUAAAGACAUUUAAGGCUGGGGGCCUACCGCGAAGACUGGAGCUCACGAAUUGUUGGCAUUAUUCUCAUUUACGCGUAAUUGGAGUGAGAGAGAAAGAUGCCCCCAAUUAACGAUCUGUAGUGUCCACAGUAGGCCCUCUGUUGUGGCAUACCCUUCUCGCACUCGAAAGGGAAAAUUACAUGAAUUAUAACCUAUUGUACUGCCAUCUAAUAAACAUAAUACCUGACGAAUAUCAACUAAUUAAAAAAAAAAAUUGUGAUCUAUCCAAAUUGUGUAAAACAUUUAGUACAAUGAGUUAUAACGAAUUCUAUAUUGUAAUCAUUUUAAUUUUGAAUAUUCUGAAUUUUAAAACGUUUCAAAUAUGUAAACCUCAUCUAAUACCUAUCAACAAGGAAGUGAAAAAACUGACCGAUUUUCUUCGUCAUGAUAUUUUACUGUAUGGUUGAACAUGCGCCGUUUUAAUUUAUAUGUAUAAAUACAUACAUACGUAGAUAGUGUAGAUACUGAUGAAGUUGUAUUUAAAAAUGUAGGCAUAAAACGAAAGAUACCAACAAUAUUGUAAUUAUUACGAUAUUUUUGUAUGGGAUCCUAUACACUUCUGACUCUUCCCGCACAGACUACACCGUGAGAUAUUGUAAUGAAUUUUUUUUUGUCAGCCAUUUUUCUCCUUGUUGGUCGGGCCAUAAAAUCGUUCACAUAGACGUGUAACAAGGCAGUGAUAUUAUAUAAAUAAUAAAUGCGUUACAUAAGUACGUGUAAUGUUAUAUUUUAUGUACACCAUACAACUUUUCAGUUGCCAUUUUAGUAUCAAAACUAGUCUAAUGUUAGUAUCUUGUGAUUUUUAAAAUUAUUAAAAAAAUUCUGGGGUCUAUUAAAAAUACAAUUAUCUUUUUAGCUUCAUAUAGGUAUGUCGAUCAUAUAUUGUUGAGCAUAAAUUAAAUACACAAUUAUGUGUAGUGAUUAUACUUAAUGGUUAUUUGUACCAAGAAUUUUACGCUUAAAAUGUAACUGAAAUACCUGAAAUUGUUUACGCUGUUUGAUUUUGAAUGUGAUUUUUGUAACCUGGCCUUAUGUGAAACAUAGACUAAAUCUCUUUGGCAAGAGCGUACUGUUUACCAACUUAAUUACUAUCAUUAUAACGAAAAUGUUAACAGACUUAAGGCAUAUAAAAAAGAUCAGCGUCAAGGAAGUAAAAAAAAAGUAUUUACAAGGAAUAUAAAUGCAAGAUUUGUUACAAUGAUAAUUUUAUUCGUAUAUGUAUUUAAAACAUUAUACUUUAAAAAAGACAAACAAAACGAAAUCUUGAAUCAUUCCAGUAAAUUAUUUACUUGAAAUUUACUGACUACACCAAAACGUGGGCAGUUCUUUAAAAUAUAAGUACAUAUACGUAUCUGCAGUUGCAUACUGACUACAGUUCAUGUGUCAGAUUGAGAAAAUUUCGUCAAAAUCAAACGUGUAAUCAAAGUGAAAGGCAUUUCGUAUAAGAGGGUACGAGCUAUCAUGGCGUGAGCGCGCGCUUCAUAAAUUAAUCAUGUACUUUAAUUCCAAGGAUAGGACAUAGACUGUAUUUAGUAAAGAAUAUUAAGGUACAAAUUUACGGUAGGGAGAUCUGGCCAGUUAGGAUUUUUAAAAUUUACGAAGCAAUGUAUGGAUAGCUACCCAAAGCCUUGUUUUUUUGUAAAUGGUGUAAGAUUUUUUUUCACUUACGGCAAAUGAUUACUUUAUUAAGUAUGUAAUUGUUAUAAAUUAUAUUUAUCAUGACAUUAUAAGCAAAUUGAAAUACAACAUGUUUAAAAUGAA